AUGAUCAAUCUACUGGACCUCAUGGGAGGACACUUUCAUGACAAAAUUGUUGAACUGGUCAAAGCUGGAAAGAAAUUCUACACUGUUAACGACAAUUUGAACUGCAAAACAACAGUGAAGAACAUGAGGGUAGAUCACAGGAACAAGCAGCACAACUGGUUUGCAAGCAUUGUUGCUUUUGAGAGGAUUGAUUUCAGCCACUUGGACAAUGUAAGGCCACUUGGUGACAUUCAGAAUUUUUCUAAGGAGAGUUACCUCCUUACCUCAGAGGAAGUCAAAAAACUUCAGUCAGUUUUCAAAGUUCUUGUGGGGAGAAUCUUUUUAGAAUUCUUCAAACAACCUCAAUUUGCAGCAGUUAAGAAGCUGGUACCACAGCACAUUCUGCACAGGUACACCAAUGAAAUGAGCUCGAAGUCAGAAGUGUUUCCACUGUCAAUUCAAUUCAAAGAUGAAAAAAAAAUAUGCAGAUGUGGUAGACAUCUGCCACAUUUGAAACAAUAUUUAAAGCAGCUACAGAUAAUGAAGGUCCUGAACAAGAAACCCACAUCGCAGCUGACUUUAACUGUCCAUCUGGUGGCGAUCAGUUGACAAGAGUGCAUUUUACGUAUGGGCGUAAACUAAGGGCUGGAGCUCACACUUCUAAGGACCGACUGGAACAUUCUCAGCCUGAUGUUAUAGAGCUCUUUCAUACAAAGCAAGCAUUCUUAACUGUAAGUACAGCUAUGCAACAUACGUAAUAUAUAUGGUGACUGCAAGAGUUACAUACUAUUAUUUGGAUUUUUAUACUUAAUCUAGUGCUUUUCCGUUCAACAACUGUUGAGCAUAAAAGUACAAACUGGAUUUAUUAAAUCUGUCUGCCUAUGACACACUUAAUCAGAAAAGAUGGUUGAAUUCUUUAAGUUUCCUAAUACUAUAUCUAUAUUGUAAUGAUAGUAAUAAUCAUCUCUUCUUCAUAUAAAUAUAUAAAACAAAGCAGAGAUUAAUCAAAAGCUCUUUUAUACAAAACAGUUCUUAACACAUUGAAUAAAAAGGCUGAGGGACAUUUCAUAGCCCACUUUUCAAUUGUCGAGUUUGGAUUCUACUUGGCAAAAUAAAAUACAUAAUUUAAUUAACAAUAAUUAUUAUUGUUUUGUAUUUAUUUUCAGCUCAUUAAUGAUGUCCUGAUGAACCAGAAUUCAACACGUGAAAUUGGUACACUGAAGUAUUUUAGAGAGCGUAUUAUGCGCUACAAUGUUCCAACAACUGUCAAAAACAACCCUGAUGCAUAUGAGGAGUUCUUUGUGUCAGUUGGAAGGGCUUACUUAGUGGAAGCUUUCCUAGAAUUCUUUGGUAUGGAAAACACUGAAAGUGAGCCUACAAAAAAUUUGCCUGAACGAAAUGCAAGCUUGGAGGCAAAGAGGGAACACUUUGAUAAGGUGCUUGGGAAGUUUGUUGACUACCAUGUUUUCCACUUGGGUGUGACAGUCGAUGACAAAGUCCAGAAUUAUGGCCUCUCUUUGAUUGAACUGUUCAUAGUUCUUAUGCAACUGAAUGACACAAUUCAUGAAGGUGAUGGAGAUAGAAAUGUUAUUAAUUGGAAAUACCUUUUGUGGGUUAUCAAAACCAAUAACAAAUUGUCAAAGUAUGCGAUUGAAGAAAUGUACCUCCUAACUUCAGUAAAGUGCAUGCUGACCCACCAGGUGUCCGAACGUGUUAUUUGGGGAAGAGGGACCAACAAGAAAGGGAAAAUUGGAGUCAACUUGCCAAAUGAUUUAGAAAUGGAGCAUACCAUCAAGAGCACAAGAAAUCUGAUAACUUCAAUGGGGGCAAAUAAAACUGAGAAGGCUGUGCUUCGUAGCUCAAUGGCAGUCACUGGAGUCAGUGANGUUGAAUUCUUUAAGUUUCCUAAUACUAUAUCUAUAUUGUAAUGAUAGUAAUAAUCAUCUCUUCUUCAUAUAAAUAUAUAAAACAAAGCAGAGAUUAAUCAAAAGCUCUUUUAUACAAAACAGUUCUUAACACAUUGAAUAAAAAGGCUGAGGGACAUUUCAUAGCCCACUUUUCAAUUGUCGAGUUUGGAUUCUACUUGGCAAAAUAAAAUACAUAAUUUAAUUAACAAUAAUUAUUAUUGUUUUGUAUUUAUUUUCAGCUCAUUAAUGAUGUCCUGAUGAACCAGAAUUCAACACGUGAAAUUGGUACACUGAAGUAUUUUAGAGAGCGUAUUAUGCGCUACAAUGUUCCAACAACUGUCAAAAACAACCCUGAUGCAUAUGAGGAGUUCUUUGUGUCAGUUGGAAGGGCUUACUUAGUGGAAGCUUUCCUAGAAUUCUUUGGUAUGGAAAACACUGAAAGUGAGCCUACAAAAAAUUUGCCUGAACGAAAUGCAAGCUUGGAGGCAAAGAGGGAACACUUUGAUAAGGUGCUUGGGAAGUUUGUUGACUACCAUGUUUUCCACUUGGGUGUGACAGUCGAUGACAAAGUCCAGAAUUAUGGCCUCUCUUUGAUUGAACUGUUCAUAGUUCUUAUGCAACUGAAUGACACAAUUCAUGAAGGUGAUGGAGAUAGAAAUGUUAUUAAUUGGAAAUACCUUUUGUGGGUUAUCAAAACCAAUAACAAAUUGUCAAAGUAUGCGAUUGAAGAAAUGUACCUCCUAACUUCAGUAAAGUGCAUGCUGACCCACCAGGUGUCCGAACGUGUUAUUUGGGGAAGAGGGACCAACAAGAAAGGGAAAAUUGGAGUCAACUUGCCAAAUGAUUUAGAAAUGGAGCAUACCAUCAAGAGCACAAGAAAUCUGAUAACUUCAAUGGGGGCAAAUAAAACUGAGAAGGCUGUGCUUCGUAGCUCAAUGGCAGUCACUGGAGUCAGUGAAUCCCGCAUGCCUAUGAUGUGA